AUGUCGGUGGCCGAUUUUUAUGCUGGUAAAUGUGUUUUUAUCACUGGCAGCACUGGAUUUUUGGGAAAAGUGUUAUUAGAGAAAAUAUUAUACAGCUGUCCCGAGAUUGAGAAAAUUUACAUUCUUCUGAGAGGAAAAAAGGGAUUAGGCAUUAGUGAACGUCUUCAGCAGAUUCUCGAACUGCCAAUUUUCACAAGAUUAAAAAGAGACCGACCAAAGGAUUUGGAGAAGAUAUAUCCUGUUGCUGGAAAUAUAGAUGAAGACGGUCUCGGUCUGUCAAAAGAAGACCAUCAGCUUUUGAUUGACGAGGUUUUGGUCCACGUUUCAACAGCUUACUCGAACAUACACAAAAUAUUUAUAGAGGAGAAGUUUUAUCCACCUCCCAUACCAAUAUAUAGAGUGGACGAAAUUAUCAAAGAGAGGCCGGAUCAGAAGGAGGCGAAACUGUUAAUUGUUUGUGCAAGUUUAGCAGAACCAAUACCUGGGUGGCUAGAUACCUGGGGUGGAGCCACUGGGAUUAUUGUUCCUGCGUGUAAAGGCCUAGCUAGGGUGGUCCCAGGUAGAGGAAGUAAUGUCCUGGACCUCAUACCUGUGGACUACGUCAUCAACUUGAUGAUCGUGGCUGCGACGCGGAACGUUUCUCCGCGUGACGUACUUAUAUACAACUGUGCCACAAGUACCGAGAACCCCUUAACAUUGAAUAAACUUAGUAAAACAGUUAUACCUGACGGUAAAAAACAUAAAUUUAAUGAAUUGCCGAUUCCCUCACUGAUGUUCAUAGAAUCAAAACUAGUUCUCAAUAUUACGGCAGCUGUACUGCAAACAUGUCCAGCGAUCUUGGCAGAUGCAUUCUUACGAAUGGCAGGAAAGGAGCCGAAGUAA